CAGUCCACUCCCCCACUAGCUGAGCUCGAAGCCUCACAAGCCCCGAAGGAAGCGGAGAAGAAGAUGAGGCUCUUCCUCUGCAACUCCUCCGCCGCGCUCCGGCCACCUCCACCUCCUGGUCCUGCGGCUUUUCCCACUCCCGCCACCGCGACUCCCCUCCUAUUCAACAAUUUCACCUCGGCCAAGACCAAACUCAUCGGCGCUGCCCUCUCGCUCGGCCUCCUCCUGUCUUCGCCUCCUUCCCUGUCGCUGGACCUUGACUCCUCCAUCAACCAACUGAAGCCUUACGGCGGCCCUUCGGUUGAGGAUUGCCGCGAAGAUGAGCGGGAGGACAAAGAAGAAGUUGCACCCCAGGCUGUGAGCAAUGAGAGCAUUGUGGAGGAAGCUUGGGAGAUCGUCAACGACAGCUUUCUCGACUCCGGCCGCCACCGUUGGUCCCCUCAAACGUGGCAGCAAAAGAAGGAAGACAUAAUGGGGACUAACAUCCAGACAAGAUCAAAAGCUCAUGAGAUUAUUCGGAGGAUGCUCGCAAGCCUUGGAGACCCUUACACUCGCUUUCUUUCUCCGGACGAGUUCUCCAAGAUGGCAAGGUAUGACAUGAGUGGUAUUGGGAUAAACCUUAGGGAGGUUCCAGGUGACGAUGGAAAUGUCAAGCUGAAGGUUUUAGGACUUCUUUUGGAUGGCCCAGCUUAUGCUGCUGGUGUUAGACAGGGAGAUGAAAUCUUGGCAGUAAAUGGAGACGAGGUGAAAGGGAAAUCAGCAUUUGAAGUGUCCUCCUUGUUGCAGGGACCUAAUGGAACUUCUGUGAUAAUUCAGGUCAAGCAUGGCAACUGUGGAUCCAUUCAAUCCCUUGAAGUCCAAAGGCAACUCGUUGCUCGAACUCCCGUCUUUUAUCGUAUGGAACAAGUGGAAAAUGGCUCCAUGUCCAUUGGGUAUAUGCGAUUGAAGGAGUUCAAUGCAUUGGCCAGAAAAGAUUUAGUCACUGCAAUGAGGCGUCUCCAGGACAUGGGUGCCACAUAUUUCAUAUUGGAUCUCAGAGAUAAUCUCGGUGGACUGGUGCAGGCAGGAAUUGAAAUCUCAAAGCUCUUUUUAAAUAACGGAGCAACGGUGACGUAUACUGUUGGAAGAGAUGCUCAGUACCAGACCACAAUUAAAGCAGAUACUGCCCCUUUGGUUACUGCUCCAGUCGUUGUAUUGGUUAACAACAAAACAGCCAGUGCAAGUGAAAUAGUAGCUUCAGCUCUCCAUGACAAUUGCAGGGCUGUUCUUGUGGGGGAUAAGACAUAUGGCAAGGGUCUGAUCCAAUCUGUAUUCGAGCUUCAUGAUGGCUCUGGGGUGGUUGUCACCGUUGGAAAGUACGUAACUCCAAAUCACAUGGACAUAAAUGGGAACGGCAUCGAACCAGACUUUCACAGUCUUCCUGCUUGGAAUGAUAUCGCCAAGCAUCUAUCUAAGUGCAGCAGGCUUCAACAGGGAUAAGAUCAUCCACGAGCAUCUCAACCUCAGGUUAUUUCCAGUUCUCUUUUCUCCUCUUGUUGCUUUAUGCAAGUUUCUACUGAUCCGGAAGUUUUUAUACUUAUAUGCACUGAUCGUUUUCCUCGGAGUUUAGCACAUGAUUGAUCCUGCCAAGUAGACAAAUGCAGGGCUGUGCUUCACCUUCCAUGAGUGAACUACAUGGGCGAUGAAGAACGCAAUUUUAUCAUUAACAAUUCAGGCACAGUAGUUCCUAAUUGUAAAAAGGCAUCCGUUCCCACAUUGAAUGCUAUUUCUCGGGACCUUGUAUGUAUACAAGGAGUUUCCCUACGGUCUUCUCGCUUUUGUAAAUAGACAACAUUACUUGAAUUAUAUUGGAAAUGUCCAUGUUCUCCCUU